AUGCAGGACCCCGAAGACUCAGUCGUCGCGCACAGCCUCUAUGACCCCCACCUCGAACCCCAGGAAGCAGAUGGGGAACUUGAGGACCCGUCAAUGCUCCCCUCAACCGGCGUUGGAUACGAAAUAGAAAAGCGUGACCAGAUCAGAGAGGACGAGGCGGCUACAGGCGCAACGCAACACAAACACGUAAGGCGGUGUAGCGUCUUAUUGGAUUGGGUAGCAGUCAUGAUCUACGAUGAUUUAGAAGGGAAAGAAGGAAGGAGCAAGACUGAAUACAGCAGCAAAGACGAGACUGCAGACGAAGAGAGCUUCGCUGCUGACGACGACGAGUCCCAAGCAGAGGCAGAUGCGGAGGCGAAUGAAGAAGAGGAACUCCAAAAAGAAGAGCAAGUUGAUGAACAGGAGGAAGCGGAACACAGAAAGGCUCAGCCACCGCCGCCGAAGCUGCCACCUGAAGAGGCGCGAAAGCUGCUCCUCUCUGUAAGCAUCAGCGCACAUGCUGCUGUGCCCGACUUGCUAGGGACGAAGGCGCGGAAAGACCAAGCAGAGGGAAAGAGCCCCGUGAAGCCCCCCUUGUACUCAAAACCUCGAAAUAUAAAGCAGCCGACUGCAGCAAGCUCAGCAGCAACGGGUCCUGUCGCAUCUUCCGCAGCAGCGGGAGCCCCAGGGCCCCUUGCAAGUUUGCCUGCAGGGGGAUCUACGGCGCCCCCUGCAGGAUCUUUUGGGGGUUAA